GUCUUGUCAGCAAGAAGUAAGGGGUUGUGCCAUUCAAGGUCUUAUGUUUAAGCUUCUUACAGGACAGGAGCUUUUGAUAUUAAUUCAACCACAGCAACAUAAAUAUUAAUACACAGCACCAUGCUGUGUGAUGUGAUGCUAAGAAUUUUUAUGUAUAAUUUUUUUAUUUUUUUUAUUUUUUUGAGGAAGCUUUUCUACUACUGCCUAUCUUUAUCUUCAGCUGUUACAUAAGCUGCUUGUUAUUCUGUGGGGCUUAUAUUCUCCUGCCUUUAUUUUAUGGAAAGAGUGGACUUCUUAGAUAGGAAAAUUUUAGUCAAAUUCCUUGAAAAAUAUUUUCACCAUCACUGUGAACACCCAUCAUACAGAAAAUAAAAAGAUAAGCACUGAAUUAUUUCUGAAAGGUCUGACAGAACGAUCAGAUGUUAGCAGUAACAUCCUGUCUUGCCUGGGAUAUCGUAGUUGCCUAUUGUCUCACAUAAUCUAGCAGGAAAAUCGCUGAUAAUUUUGCAGACCAAUUGCACAGCUGAAGGUUCUGAACACGUGUUGAUAAAUUCUGCUGAGUAAUCUUGAAUUUUAUCCCUUCUACUGCCCAGGAUCCAGUGUAAAGAAUGACACUCUUAUCCUUAAAUAUACAUCCCUGUUCAUUUAACCAGUAAUGGGAUCAUGUCAUCAGCCUAACUACAUAAUACUCUCUGCUUAUGACAUGGGAGACUGGGAGGAAGUCACUUACCUGGAUCUAAAUAAUAUGUUAACAAACACUGGUUAAUCCUGAAACAGUUUUAAGUUGGGAUAUUUGAUUUAUAUUACUCCAUAAAAAUCAUAGGAUUGGUUUGGGUUGGAAGGGAAGUUUAAGAUCAUCUGGUUCCAGUCUCCCUUCUACCUUGCUCUAGACCCAGAAGGAUGAAAUACCUGUAUUUCAAAAGAACUAAGUAAUUAAGGUAAUUAUAAUUAGACAGUGAGAUGGUAUAUUGCGUAGCAGAAAAAAAUACUUGGUCUAGCGGGGGACUAAAUAGGAAGUUAUCAUUUAGUUACCACAGACUUGCAUUGCUUGAAUCUCAAGUUCUUCUGAUGUACUUGAAGAUCCUCAAGAAGGCUAGUGAGUAUUAAGUGGGAGUACCUCCCACUUAAUAACAGGGCUGUGUAGUAACUGUAUGUUACCCACAACAAAUCAAUUUAAUUGCAAGACCAAAAAAGUAGCCUAGGAACAGCAGUUGCUGAUGUAUCAGAUGUUUACUAACUACUUUGGCCAGGUUAAAUGUGGUGGAAUCUUCAGGAAUGUAAGUCAUCCGUGCGUUCCCCAGGAAGAUUACCAAGUUUUAAACGUGUAGUUUAAGAUUUUGAUUCCCAGUAUUAAAUGUUUAUUACAGGUCAAUGUGUUCACUUAAUGCAUAACUGUACUUGGUAUAAGUGAGAGCUGAAUUACUUUGGGAUUAAUACAUACGUAUAUAUAUAUUGUAGUUCUGAAUAAAAUUUGUGCUCUAAAGCAUGAAUUCCUAAGAUCUGUAAGAAUUCCUACCUUGAGAUAAGCUCUAAUGGAUAAAUAUAAUUCAGGGACUAUUAGAAAAGCACAGUUAAUAAGCAUUAUACUUUACCUAUGUGGAAAAUUACAGCAAAGUGGUCAGACUGUCAUUAAGGGUCAUGUUUUCCAUACAAAAAGUUAAAAAAUAGAACUAAAAAGGCAGACUAGUUUGUUUCGAACUAUGAUGUCCAAGCUGUAGUUAUUUUAAUUUGGGCAUAAGACAUAAUGCCACUAUGUGAUUCUGCGCUUCCAAUGUGCAGAUAUCUUGAGUGUCUUCCUGCCAGUAAUGCUGUUCCCCCUUGUCCUGUCGCCAUCAGAGCAUGGGAAGUCGGUCAGCACACACACUAGAAAUGCCGGCUGUGCUGUUGACCCUCAGGCUUUUACUAGACUCUCUGCUGUGCUGUCCCAGCACGGGCGCGGUGUGAAGGCCUGAGGGAGGCCAUCCUUGCUCCCCAAGGAUGAUGUCAGCACCAGGCCACUGUGUGCCGCACCCUCAGCCCCAUGAGGUGGUGACCGUGAUGUCACGGUGGUGGCAGGGAGCGGCCAUUGUGACCCACAGGGCCAGGAGCAGAGCUAAGGCUGCUGGGCUGGGGUUCAGUGCGACCUGGUGUGGUGUGGAGAGAGCACUGACUCUCUUGUUUCUCGCCAACGAUGCCGAAAGUGUUCAAAGGGAAGAAGGAGGCCCCCAACUCUGGGGAGCCAGUGUGCGUGCUGUGCCGCAGGACACAGGUCAACCCAGACAUCUGUGGGGAGACAUUUACCAGUGGUGGGCUCUGUGCCCACCAGUUCUGCUUGUUCUUUGCCGAUGGCCUCUUGGAAUGGAGAACCCCAAUGGGAGGCAUUUUGGGCUUCUCCCUUCAUGCAGUCCAGCGCGCAGUCCAGCUGGCGGACAAGAAGUACUGCUUUGUCUGUGAUGAGAGGGGAGCCACCAUCAGCUGCGCUGAGACCAGCUGUGAGCGCAGCUUCCAUCUCCCCUGCGCAGAGGAUGGGGAGUGCGUCACCCAAUAUUUUGGGCAGCACAGGUCCUUCUGCUGGGAGCAUCGCCCUGGACAGGCAGCAGAGGCAGCUCCAUCUCACAACAACAUCUGCGUCAUCUGCCUGGAGCCUGUGGGGGACAGCACGUCCUACCACACCAUGAUGUGCCCGGAUUGCAAACAGGCCUGGUUCCACCGGGGCUGCAUCAGGAAACAUGCCUUGCACGCUGCCACCAUGCGUUUUUUCUGCCCUGUCUGUGGAGGAAGAGCACAAUUCCGGUCCAAAAUGACCAUGCUGGGGAUCCAAAUCCCAGUCAGACGACCAUCUUGGUGGGACGAUGAGGAGUACCAGUUGCUGCGAGAGAGGCACAGGUGGUGUGAUGCCCGCAUGUGCAUCUACAUCGGAGGCAGGGAGAGGGCACAGGAAGCAGGGCCAUGGCAGCUGCUCCUCUGCAGCUCCUGUGGAUCAGAAGGCACACACCGCUACUGCACCUUCUGGGCCACCAAUGGCAACAGCUGGGAGUGCAACACCUGCGCUGGUGCGGGCACUGCAUCCCACCUCAACUCUGACCUUGCCAGCCCCAGCGCUCCCAGCCAGAUGGUACUGGGGCCAUCCCACAGCACCUCGGGACCUGAAAACAUCAGCUCUGGUCCUACCAGCCAGGCAGCAACUGGCCCAUCCUGCACCUCCCAUCUGCCUGAGCCCACUGUCCAGCCCGAUGUGCCUGCAGCAGAGCAGGGGACAACCUGCCCAAGUUUAUCUGCGGGGCAGGACACCACUCAGCAGUUCCAAGGACGUAGGAGGAGGAGACGGGCACGAGCUGCAGGUGCUGAGACCUGCUCCAGGAGCCCCACCAGACAGAGAACAGCGCGGUCCUCCAGAAGCUCCCCAGCAGCUGCACGCACAAAGCGUCCCAGGCAGCGGGGGACCGGCCGCACAAGGAGCCGUUACCCAUUGCAAGGCCGUGCCUCGGGCUCCCAGAGUCAGCCCCAAAGACAGCGUGGACGGAGCCGUACGAGAGCCCGAGGUGCUCAGAGCAGGUCCCGCUCCUCGGCCACACCAGCGGCAUUGAGGUCCUCGAGGGCUUCCCCACUGCCUGCACGCCGGAGACAAUCCAGGCAGCGAGGGCGAGCCCACACUCGAAGACGACCCCCAGUGGGACGUCGGGCUUCAUCUUCCCGCAGCCGGCCCCGAGGAGUCCGUGGCAGCCGGAACAGGCAGCGGAGAACGACCCGGGCACAAAGCCGCUCCCGGGUCCAACAACAUCCCCACAGCCAGUCCCAAAGACGGCGCAGAAGCGGCCGUGUCCCAUCCCAACGUGGCUGUGGUUCCAAGCGGCCAAGAAAGUAAACCUUGAAGACAGUCCACUAGAGCUAACUUCAUCCUUCAGUGGACCAGCCCGGGCACAAAGACACUCCCGGGUUCAACAUCAGAGUAGACAUCCCCACAACCAGUCCCAAAGGCAGCGCAGAAACAACCGUGUCCCAUCCCUGCGCAAUUUUUGUGAUUCCAACAUAAAAAAAUAAACCCUUAAUAUACACCCUA